CGGGCGUUACUUUCACUAUGACCAUUGGAAUCGCCAACAACUAAAGAUGCUUCGUCUUCGCCGUUGCUAAUUGCUGUCGUCCCACACUCGCUACCAGGGCCAAGGAAAACCCUAAAAAUUUCCCCUGAAAUAAAAAGCAGCGGACGACAAAGAAACGACUCGGAAGAUGCCGAAGACUUCCUCGUCGCCCUCGCCGACCGUCACGCCGAUGAACCCGUCCGUCAAGCCCCAACCCUUCCCAUCCUUACCCCGCCAAACCCUCACUCACAAUCCGCCACUUUUACGGGCUCCUCCUUCGCCCGACGUGGGCUACGAGAUUGACCUCCUCGGAUCCUCUUUCCACCACCAUCAAAACCACGGAUUAGUCCUCAUGGACGACGAGGACGACGACCCCAAUCCCCUACCUGUCGGGAUCCAAGCCUACUCGCGGUCCCCCUUCUCCUCCCUCCUCCGAGAUGACGACGAAGAGGAGGAGGAGGACCCUGACGACGAGGAUAUAGACCCCGACGAAGCCCUGAUUGAAGACAGGAAGCCCACUUUGUCAGACGGCAAUCAGUCCCCGGCUACAGCCAACUCUCUUUGCAUCGAUCCGGCGCCCCAUGUUUCUUCGCAGUUUUACACGUUUAAUCGGGAAUCCCAUGCCCUGAUGGUGCGCUGUAUUCUAGCAGGCCGGCUCGCCACCGCGGAUGAGAUCCGUGCUGCCAGUCCCAGUUCCGUGCUAAAGUCUUGGCGAUCCGUGUGGAAGGACCGAAACGAGGACACGGCGUACCUCACCGCAUGGAAACGGAUACAGGAUAAGCUUCGUGCCAACAUGGAUGGCACUCACCCCGCGCUCUUCUUCAAGAACAAUUCAGCGCAUCGGGUCUCGCAUGUGGAGCAAUGGCAGGAGAUUGUCACAGCCGCCCAUGCUGACCGUGACCUACUACGGCACCUAGCUCUGAAGGAGACUGUGGAGCGGAUAAAACAGUCGUGGACAGUUGGUGCUAGGUUCUAUGGGAUCCCUGAGUCAUUCAUCCGAGUUUGUGUAUCCUCCUGUCCAGUGUGCUCCUCUUCAUCUUCCUCACUAGCAUCUCCUGGAGGCAGCAGCUUGUCACGGUCCAAAAGGCGACGUUUUGAAUACACUGAAUCCUUUGAAGUGCCUGCAAAGGAUGUACAAUGCUGUCUGCAGAAGCUUGCAGCCAAGUACAAGGUAGUUCUUUGCAUCUGCCAAAAGUAUAUAAGAUACAAGCCAUUCACAGCUGAGGUGAAGGACUAUGCCUGUCACCGAGCAGGGGAACCGUCAUCAGCAUCUGCUUCAGCUAAGAAAGCUAAGGUUUUGAAAAGGGAACCAUACCAAUCAAAGCGUUGUGGCUGUGGGUUCCGGAUAAGGGCCAUCGUUCCAAUUAUGAACUACAAUGAUAAAGACAAAACUUUUGUGUACCAGGAGGAAGGCACUGCUAUAUUCAAGCUAUAUGCAAUUCAUACUGGACAUGAACCUGGUCCACUUGAUGGAAAUGCUAGGAUCAUCCACCGGCUAGUUGGGAACAAGGGUGCUUAUGAAUUUGAUUCAGAUGCUUACAGCAUUAGGAAGGACACAGACCCAGACUUGUUGCCUAGUCUUAUAGGCAAGGAUGAUACAGGGGAUCCUUGCCAUGCAGUUAUGCAGCAUGUUCAGGAUCUCAAGGUCGAAGUUGGUCUGCUCGAAGAACGAAUUGUUCAAAUGAAUCCAGAUUCACUGGGCUCAUUGGCACAGGAGCUGUCUGAUAUCCUGCACAGGUUGAAGCUGUUGGGUGGAGGAAUGCACCACUCUGAGGGACCAUUGAUGGUAGAUGAUGAUGAUGUUGCAGAAUGGAGAAAGGAGAGCACUCGCCAUCUUAACAAGCAUGAUGGUAUAUUUAGUAAGGAAGCUGAGAUACUUGAGGAAGAGGAUACAAACUUUGCUUCAGAUCUAGGAACUAUUGUGCCAUGGAGUAGAAUGACAGAAGAUUGCCAAGACAGGAAGUUGCUUAUGAGGGAGAACAUGAAGCCUGAUAAGUGGCUGUUAAAAGAAGAUUGCAGUGACUUUGAUGAGAAAAGUAUUCUCCGUUGUGGUGUAGAUGAGGAGUCAAAGUUAAAAACCUUGACUGAUUCCAGUCUCGUGGGGAUGCAAGUGGAUGGUUUUUAUGCCGACAGCACCAAGUGGUAUGACUCACCAGGUGGCUUGGAUCCCAGCACAGAUUGUGCAGAUGGCGGUUUUAGGCAUGGGAGAAUCUUGUGAAGCAAGGUUUGCUUGUGUUUCCCUUCGCAUAGAUUUGAAGGAAAGGACUGUAAAUUCUGUUUAUACUAAAGUUGGGGGCCUACUACUCUACCAUUAGUAUUAGGUUUCAGGUGGAUGCUCCCCUGAGCUUUCAUUGUUCGAUGAAGUUCUUUGUUGAUUGUUAGCAUCCAUUGUUGACCCAAAUCUGUAUUAUGAGUACCAAACUUCUUUGCACCAAAACAUGAGCAUCGUAUCAUCAGUAUGCUUUUUUCUUUGCAGCAACUUGUUUCUGUGGCCCUUGUAUCACCAUAAUUGUAUUCUUAUUGGCUCAUGUCUCAGUUAACUUUGUCAUUUCAAACUUUCUCUGAUCUUGUUGGGAGAUUAAAAAAUUAUGAACCCUGGUUCUUGUCUAUUUUAGAUUUACACCAUUGUACCUACAAUACUUGACAUGUGAAAUCUUUAAUAUUUGCUAACUCAAAAUUAGCCCAAACAUCAAAACCAUGAUUGCACCAACAUAUUGGUAUUUGGAAUGAACCUAAAUUGUAGCCACGAAGAGGAUAGGAAAGGGAUGUCAUUGUAAUGGCACAUCUAUCAUUGGUCUGGUAAUCUGAUGUUGUCACAGCCGUUGAUUAUGGAUGAUUCUGAGACAUGGGUUGGUUUUAUCUCCCAUGAUUUUGCCUCCUUAGUUUAGACUCACAUGGGGAAAUUGUGAGCUAAUUAACUGAGUUAGGAGAUUUAAGUGAGUGUAUAACCUAUUAAUCAGUUAAAGCAUUUUGGGUCAGCUUUUGACCAUAACAAAAUAAAUUAUUUUGUUCUCUCAGGUUGACAGCGUUGUGACAAUGGUAACACAUUCCUCAUCUUCCAGCUAGCUUUGUAAUUUAGACGCCAUGGUGGAACCUCAGUUGAUGGUGGAUUUCUGGGCAUCAACUAUAAGCGGCAGCAUGACUUUUAUGCUUUCAAAUUGUCUUGCCUGCAAAAACCUAUACGUGAAUUGCAUCUAUCCUGUAAUUUGAUCGACCCAGGCUAAUGCAAAGUCUCACCAACAAGCUGAGGUCAAAGGUCACCACUGAGUGGACUGUAUUCUCUAUGUAGGGUGGCCAAGCAUCUGAAGGCCUCUUGACUUGUUUGUGUAAUUUAAAAAAAAAAAAAUUGAAUGACGGUGAAUUGUGUUAUAAAUCAUGAAAGGGGUAUAUGUUAGACACCUAAAAAGUAGAAAAUAUGUGUUUGUAUCUUUUGAAAUAUCCUCUCUAUGUUGGGGACAUCAUUCUCAUAGAGACAUUUAUUCCGUACUUGCUAAAGUAAAUCUA